UUUGCCCAUCACUAAUCACAACUGCGUGUGAUCUAGAGUUUUCUAGUGUCGUCCAAUUGAUGAAUUGAACACCAGCUAUAACGUCAUUGAAGGAUUUAUUUUCAAAGGACUGUUUUUAUUUCGUGCAUUUUGUGGCAAACGCACCAUUUCUUUCAAGAUUACUCUAAAUUACGGCCCCACGAAUUGCUCAUUAAUGUUUGCGUUCUUGCGACGAUGACUGUCAAGAAUGAAAAGGCAGAGGAAAAGAAAAAAGAUGAAACCGGCGAAAAAAUAUCGGCGGAUAAGUCAACCGAUGAUCAGUCAUGGGGAUACGAUAUGUAUCCCGAAAGAAAAGGAGCAAAAUUACAUCGUAGCUGGUUUAAAACAAUAUUUGGCGCCGAGGGACGAGAAUCAUUAGAUAAUGCUAAAUGUGAAGCCAAUGUAUAUCAUUGUGUAAAAAAUAGCCCUAUAAUAAAACUCAUGUUGGCUGCAUUGAAGAGUGCGGGAUGUGAAAUAGAUAUUAGAAGACAUAUCUCCUGUGAAGUAUGCAUCCAACCGGUAACUGGUGGAUAUGAUCCAGAAUUAAAUCAGGUUAUUGUCUGCCAAAAUUCAGCUGCUAGUAAAAGAAUGGUACAGGGUGUUCUCUUACAUGAGAUGAUUCAUAUGUUUGACUAUUGUCGCAACAAAUUGGAUCUAAAGAACAUUGAUCAUCUGGCCUGUACAGAAAUCAGAGCUGCAAGUAUUGGUCAUUGCAGUUUUAUGGGCUCAUUGUUACAGGGAUUUUCAUCUCCCAUAAAUAUAAAAGCGACACAUCAGAUUUGUGUUAAGAACAAAGCUAAGAUGUCGGUAUUAGCCGUGCACAAGGUAACGCCAGAGAAAGCAGAAGCGGCCAUAGAGAGAGUGUUCACCAAAUGCUACAACGAUUUGGAGCCAGUCGGCAGAAGAAUUCGUAGAAGCUCGGAUGAUAUGCCGAGAGCGUACGCGGAGGCAUAUUUAUACGGGUAUACAUAAAUAUAUAGUUUAUAUAAUUAAAUUGUUGUAAAUAUAUAAAUACGUUUCUGAUUAUA